GUGAUGCGGGGCCGCCCCGUCAGCUGACGGUCCGUGCCGGGCCUGGGGCCGCCGCUACAAAAGCAGCGCGCGGGCAGGGCGGGAUCCGCGCUUCUUCGUUAGGGGCUGUAGUGCGUUGCGAGCGUUCCGCCGCCAUGGCGUCCCGCGGCCUGCUCGUCCUGCUCCUCCUCGCCUUGGUGGGGCCCUGCGCGGCUCUCAUCAGGAUCCCCCUCACCAAGUUCACCUCCACGCGCCGCAUGCUGACUGAGGUGGGCAGUGAGAUCCCUGACAUGAACGCCAUCACCCAGUUCCUCAAGUUCAAGCUGGGUUUUGCUGACCUGGCUGAGCCCACCCCAGAAAUCCUCAAGAACUACAUGGAUGCCCAGUAUUAUGGUGAGAUUGGCAUUGGGACCCCCCCACAGAACUCUGUGCUCUUUGACACAGGCUCCUCCAACCUCUGGGUGCCAUCAGUGCACUGUCACCUGCUGGACAUCGCCUGUUUGCUACACCACAAGUACGAUGCAUCCAAAUCCAGCACCUAUGUGGAGAAUGGCACUGAGUUUGCCAUCCACUAUGGGACUGGGAGCUUGUCUGGAUUCCUGAGCCAGGACACAGUCACGCUUGGUAACCUGAAAAUCAAGAACCAGAUCUUCGGGGAGGCUGUGAAGCAGCCAGGCAUCACCUUCAUUGCUGCCAAGUUUGAUGGCAUCUUGGGCAUGGCAUUCCCGAGAAUCUCUGUGGACAAGGUCACACCUUUCUUUGAUAAUGUUAUGCAGCAGAAGCUGAUCGAGAAAAACAUCUUCUCCUUCUACCUGAACAGAGAUCCCACAGCUCAGCCAGGUGGUGAACUGCUGCUGGGGGGGACUGACCCCAAAUACUACAGUGGUGACUUCAGCUGGGUGAACGUCACACGAAAAGCCUACUGGCAGGUCCACAUGGACUCGGUGGAUGUUGCCAAUGGGCUGACCCUUUGCAAAGGGGGCUGUGAAGCCAUUGUGGACACAGGCACUUCUCUCAUCACUGGCCCUACCAAGGAAGUGAAGGAGCUGCAAUCAGCCAUUGGUGCAAAACCACUCAUCAAAGGCCAGUAUGUGAUCCCAUGUGAGAAGAUCUCGUCUCUGCCAGUUGUCACACUCAUGCUAGGUGGGAAGCCCUACCAGCUCACUGGGGAGCAAUAUGUCUUCAAGGUUUCUGCACAAGGAGAGACCAUCUGCUUGAGUGGGUUUUCUGGCCUGGAUGUCCCACCACCUGGGGGACCACUCUGGAUCCUGGGAGAUGUCUUCAUUGGUCCCUACUACACUGUCUUCGACCGUGAUAAUGACUCUGUUGGUUUCGCCAAAAGCGCCUGACCCCCUCCUCCCUCACUGUCUCUGCUACACACAAACACUUGCAUACACACACAGGACCUGUAGAGAAGUUGUAGAGAAAGAUUAUCAGGAUUAGAAACCCACUCAGUGGGGGAAAAAAUAUAAAACAAAGGCAUUCGACUAGACUUAAGAUUACAAGGAAAAUAUUCAUUGUUACUGUCCUGCUAGCUGCUUUUCCCCUUCUGAGUAAGUGGUGCUGGGAUAGUUCUAGUUGAUAACACCAGCUGGAGUAGCCCCUUGCUUACUGCUAGAUCUCUGAGUAUUUGUUUUUAAGGUCUACUUCAAAGCUGAACCAGCCUGCACUGCCCCCCCGCCCCCAGUGCCCCUGGGAAGGCAGCUGGCUUGCUCUGCUCCUGCAGAGGAGCUGAUCUGGGGCUUCUUUGCUAGGGGAGAAGGACGAAGAAGUCAGGUGAUACUUCUCGUUUGUCACUGAAAUGGGUGGUCAAGUCCACCACCCCUCUGAUGGGUGAGAAAGCAAUUGCUAGACCACUUCUCCUUGAGUUAGUACUGGAUUGGUCCUUAGCAUGUCCUGGGCUGAAGCAGUAGGGGAUUGUGAAGCACGCACAGGAUUUGAGUUUUGAAAUUGAGGGUCUCUGUUUGUGUAUCUUGUGUUGUGAAGGCACUAGUGAGAGCAGGGGGUGUCAUGUCAGCAUGCCUGGCCUGAGCCUUUCAGACCUAGUAGGGCAGGGACUUACAGGAGGAUUCCAGUCAAUGGGAGUCCUCAGGAUGUAAGAAUACAAAGGGCGGGGUGGGGGGGAGGGUUCACAAUAGGUUUUAAUACAAGUCACUUGAUUUCAUGUCUGUUAAGGCCCAGCUUAGUGCUGAAGGCUGAGCAAAGCCACUACACCCAAGUUCUCUUGGGCGUGUUGAGCUUCUCCUGGGUUUUCCUUGCAACUUCAUCCGUAGCCAGUGAGUUGAGGGUAAUGUUUCCCAAAGCAAUUCUGUGAUCUACAAGCUUAAAUCACAAGACCUUUAGGAAACAUUUCUCAUAGUGUUUUGAAUGUAAACUCAAGAGACGGUUGGCAGAGGCAGCAAGACUUCCAGGCAGGAGGGUGCCACAGAGGCUGUGGGCUUGUAUUUGCACUCAUUUUUCCCCUACCAAGUCCCAGAGCCCAGGGUUUCACAUCCUCCCUACUUGGCAUGUUUUUUUCCAUGUUACUAACAUCAAUGAGAUCUCUGUCCAUUUACCUCCUGUGCUGCAGACCAAACAAAGUGUUUUCUUGUUUUGGGGAGGUGGUACCUGGAACUGCUUUCCUAGUUCCACAUUUUUGUCUUCGAGAUCCAAGUUCUGGGCAUGUUGAGGUGUUUGUUUCUUUGGUCUAGCAUCAGUAAGCAUGCACCAGUUGAGUGAGGAAACAACAGUAACUGGCAGGAUAAUAAAGUGAGUUGUUAGUAGAGAUCAGAAGUUUCUCAAAACUCCUAGUCCACGCUGGGAAGGAGAAUCCAGUCAUACUGUUUUCCCAGGUCCUGAGGUUAAAGAGAGACAGAGCUGAGGGUGGCAAGAGAAACCACCAGCAAUUGAGUGAAUAUGUCAUUAGUCAAGGUGAGGUGUGCAUACAAGUGAGCUACAUCAUCCCAACAGUAAAUCUACCAUGAGCUUUGGGGCAUGAGUGGGGAAGAAGUUUACAGGUGAACUGUGAGAGGACAGCUGCAGACAGUGAGCACCUAGCCUGCAGAUGUUGCUCGUCUCCACCUUUUGAAAUGGUUCAAUUGGCUUUAUAACCAUAACUCAUGCUAUGAAGGUGUCUUUUGUGGGCAGCAGGGAUGUUCCUAAGUGUGUGUUGUCCCGUGUAACUCUGGAUAUGAUGUAUCUGCUGCUCCCAGAGCUUACUUCUGCCUGCUCACAGACUUGCAACCCAGGAUAUGGGUUCCUGUGGACAUAUGUUGCUGAUCAAGAACAGUGUGUUACUGAAAGAAACAAUUCUCCAAAGUCAACAGCACCUUUCCAGCGAGUCCACUUCUUGCAUUACAUACCUGGAACACCGUGAAGUCCUGCUAGAUCAUCUGCAAGCUGCAGGAUUUACCCAGCACAGUGAGAUGGCAUCUUGAGUACCCAUUUGGUUUUUCUUUUCUUUCUGAGAUGAUACUGGCAACAUGGAGGGGGGGGGGACAGAGGAUUUUGAAUGUUCCAUGUCAGAUUUUAGCUGUGCGGAACUGGCCAUCAGACAGCAGCUCUGGUGGAUACGCAAUGCCUUAUAGCCUCCGUGGCCACCCAGAGCCAUGCCCCAACUAACAUAUCAUGGGAUAGGCUGGAGGAGCAGUUGGGUGUGACUGCAUUUGCAAUACAAAUCAUAGUCUUCACCAAAAUGGUUCUCCUCCUCUUGUUCUUUUAUUUGUGUUUUUUAAACCAAACUCUUACUGCGUGACUUUUAUUUUUAAAUCUAAUUUGCUGUCAGAAUUAUUGUCUCAUCCUAGAAAACUGAAAAGCAAAUACAGUGUUUUCCCCCCUUAA